AUGCCUUGUCUCCGAUCCCAGCAGCGCCGGGCCAUUUUCCAACCCGCAGAAGAACCCGCGCAGCGUCGAACGCUUCACGAGCAUAAUCCGCGUCAAAUACGCGUUUCGUCUGAUCCAGGCGAUGCGCACGUGACCAGAUAUCUACCGCAGCUGAACGACAUCAGUGAAUGGGAAGAAUCUAUCGCGGAACGCGCGCGCCCAUCUUGGGCAGAUGCCGAUCCCAUUCGCUUAAAAGAGAACAAAUACCUCUGGACCAUGAAGCCUAUCGGACAGUAUCCGUCGCCUGCGGAGUACAAGAGCUUGGCGACGCGCGAAGUGCUCGACGAUCCCAUUACGGGGAUGCCUAUCACGCCGGUGGCAGAGGAGGCAGCGACGGGAGCUCCGGCAAACGGCCAACUUAUGACUCGCAUCGAGAAAAUGGGUGUCUUGAAUGGCUCCAUUGAAUGCAUUGUUGGGGAGACGAUCGGAGCUCCUAUUGAAGACACAAUACUCAGUGAGGACAUCGACGGGGACGCUCUCACCACCAAUCUUGCGACCCCCGUUUCUGAAACUCUUGAAAAAUCUACUGUCCACCCAUCUUUCUCUCCUGCAGAAAGUCCACUCGAUACUCCUGUAGAUGAACUCUUGACUGACUCUGUCAUUACUCAUCUUAACGCACCCGGAGCCGAUACCCCCUUGCACCAGCCUCAGUCUCCUCCUGCUACAGCAGUCACAGACGGUAGGGCUCCCAAGAAGAGGACGGCUGUCACCCGCGACUUUGUCGCUAUGCUGAAAUCUCUCCCCGAUCCGAAGUCCCGCAGAUAUGAUGUCCAACAGCUCAAGCGAGUUGUGGAGCUUGCGAUCUCCCACUCUGCCAAGCGUGGCGAGGAUGAAGUUGCGUUGAGUCUUGUUUACUACUGGUCCGGUAUCUCCAAUGACGACUUCAAGUUGUCGCUGAUUCACAACAUCGGCCGAGACGACGCUGAUCAUUCUUUACAACUCGCACUGAAAACCAUGCUGCGUCACUCCAUCGAUGAUGCGAGCAAGUGGUAUGGAUCACUCUCUGCAGAUCGCGCCCGGGCUCUGACCCAUGAGAACAGUGAGUCGGAGCUUUCAUCCGCGCAAUCUUUCGAAGCUGAGCCCACCGGCCGGACACCAUUCAAGACCGCGGACAUUUACCGUGACACCAGUGGGCCAAAGCUCGAAGAGGCCUUUGUCAGCGGAAAGACCAACACUGCUCCUCUCAAGCGGCCCAAAAAGCCGUGCCCCAUUAAUGAAACUUCUUUCAAGCGUCGUCGCGAGUGGGAAGCAGAUCCUACUCUUGGCGAGAAUCUACAGAAGAAGCGCGCUCGAUUUUCCCAGACCAUGCCGGCUGAAAAUGAUGAGGCCGCUCCUAAAAGCAGCUCUCUUCGUCCCAAGCGCGGUGAAGAGAUUAACAUCAUGCAGCCUUAUACCAUGGGGGGAAGAGCGCGGAAUCGACGCAACUCUCUUGCUUCAAGAAGCAGUGCUACUGAUGCGGCCGAAGACUCAUCCUCGACACCUGAUGUACGAGGAGUUAUUAAUGAGAGGCAGAAGCGCCACCAACCGGCCAAAAGGCCCCAGAGAGCCAAUGAGGAACUUGGUGUAGACCCCAAUCAAGCCGUUGAUUCCGACGUCUCGAACUCUGUUUACUCAGUUUGCGUGAACGACUGGACUGCCGAUUAUCCUCCUCGGCUCAUGCCUGAUCAGGUUGAGCCUCCUGAGAAUAGCGACAACUGCUACAAGUGCGAUCGAGGUGGAAACUUGCUUUGCUGUGACACAUGUUCGAACGCAUUCCAUUUCCGAUGUGUCAGACCCGCCAUGGACCCCAAAAAUCCGCCUAAGGGUGAGUGGCACUGCAUGAGCUGCGUAGUCCGCAACUGCGCCACAGAAAUGAUCCGGCGGGCUCACGACGAGACGAAAACCGAAUUCCGCCCGCCCACGGACAUCAAGGACUACUUUGCCGGAGUGGGUGAGAGGGUUCAGUACGACUCGGGUCACUUGGGAGAACAACGAUACUACGAAACUGUCCCCCACCUGCCCCGGCUGACUAAGGCACCGAAGCAGGCGGGUGUGCCGGCGUACAACGAUCCCAACCUGCUGCGGCUGAUGGAAAACGGCCAAGUCAUUCUUUGCACUCGUUGUGGUCUGUCUAGCGAGAAUGUGCGUCCUAUCAUAAGAUGUGAUUACUGCCCAAGCCGUUUCCAUCUAGACUGCUUGGACCCGCCCCGUGCUAAUCCCCCUGACCCUUCCAAGGGUUGGAUGUGCCCUAAUCACGUUCGAUCGGACGAAAUGAUUGUUUCCAAGAUGGUUGAAGGUCGUCUGCAAGAGCGUCGUGUGCGCCGCCCCAAGAAUUGCGUUGCUGUUGAUGUCGACAUUCUUACUACUGAUGAUCCACGGGAGACCACUUUCGAUGAGGACUGGCGCGAGAAGCGAGCGCGCCUCCCUGCUGGCGACAUUGUCCUUGACUUUGUUGGCGUUGUGCGCGAGAAGAAGCAGCAGCGCGAACGCGAGUAUUUCGAUAAUGUGGCCAAAACUGCAAUCACCAUCGCCAGACAGCUCACCAAGGAGCAUCUGUCCUCUAUGAGUGCCUCAAGCGAUGCGGGCGAAUUGCCUGUUGAACUCGAGCAUCAGAUCAAAAAUGCCAUCGAAAGCAUGCGAACUGGUACUGUGCCCGAAGAGCAGUUUGAUGCUGCGGCCACCUUCUCGGCCUCCAUAAUGGAGGCCCGACUUCUAUUCCCCCGGUCGGCGAGUCCGCUACUGUUUCGUCUGAGGAAACAUUCACCGCCACCAAGCAUGAUGAGCCUACUGCCCAAGAAGAAGCUCAGGCUACUCUCCCAAAUGUUGCUUCUGAUCUUCCGGUCGGUGACGAAAUCACCGCCUCCACCACUCCCGAUGCCGAGACUGGAUCUCGCCCGGAUGAAACCCCUUCCGUGGCUCCUCGCCAUAAAUCUCUUCCUCGAUCCUCACGCAAGUCGGUCACCCCCAAGGCCGCUCCUCGGACACCUCGAGCUUCCAAGUCUGGCCUUUCCGAUGGAGAACUUCUUCCUCGGGCCCGGUCGUCUACGCUGA